GGUGUGCGCUGCAGAGGAACUCCUGAUAAACGGGCUCAAGUGUCAGAAGGAUUUCUCCUCUUCUCCUCUUUCCUCUUCUCCUCUUCUCCUCUUCUCCUCUUGUUGGCGUGCAUGCAGGGGAUGAUGCUGGCUCCUCGGGACUUCAGCCCGACCAGCGGAUUCUCAGUCCGCUGAAACACUCCCUUCUUCUUCUUGCUUGUUUUGCUUUGACUGCAAACCUGCACAGCGUCUCUCUGCAGCGCAGUGGGGAUGGACCUCGGUUUGGACGACUUGACGCAGGAAGAGUCCUCCAGCUUGUGCGUGCACGCAUCGGUGAAAUGUGUCACUUUCGCUUGCAAUUCCCACUCGUCUGACUUUUUGGAAGAGCGACGGCUCCCGGACAUGUUUCUCUCGCAGUGUGCAUGAGAGAUGGCGACGAAGCCGCCACAAGUCCAACACUGGCUGUCUACGCACCUGUCCGGCUGGAUCAUGGCACUUUGCGCCACAGGUGAAUGAAUCUCCCCGAGCAGUGAGUGUUUUUCAGCCUGUUUUCGAGCGCGUUGCACAGAGACGAUGGAUCUCAAAGUAGAAACCGAGGAGCUGGACUCGAAUCGACCUCCACCCAUUGAAGUUUUUGCGCACAGCUCGACCCUGCACGGGAUCUCUCACAUCUUCACGUACGAGCGCUUCUGCAUCAAACGCUGCCUGUGGCUCGUCUUCUUCCUGGGCUCCCUCACCUUCCUGCUGUACGUGUGCGUGGAUCGGAUCCACUUCUACCUGGAGUACCCGCAUGUCACCAAGCUGGACGAGGUCGCGACCCCGAUCAUGACGUUCCCCUCGGUCACUUUCUGCAACCUGAACGCGUUCCGCUUCAGCCGCGUCAUGCGCAAUGACCUGUACCACGCAGGGGAGCUGCUGGCCCUGCUCAACCAGAGGUACGAGAUCAGAGACAUUCACCUCGUGGAGGAGAGCGUCCUGGAGAGCCUGAAGGUCAAAGCCGACUUCCACAAUUUCAAGCCGCGACCCUUCAACAUGCGGGAGUUUUACGACCGGACGGGUCACGACAUCCAUGACAUGCUGCUCUCCUGCCACUUCCACGGCACCGAGUGCAGACCGGAGGAUUUCAAAGUGGUCUUCACCCGCUACGGGAAGUGUUACACCUUUAACGCCGGCGGUGAUGGACGCCCUCCCCUCCUCACCACCAAGGGAGGCAUGGGUAACGGCCUUGAGCUCAUGCUGGACAUUCAACAGGAUGAAUACCUGCCGGUGUGGGGAGAGACAGACGAGACGUCGUUCGAAGCUGGGAUCAAAGUUCAGAUCCACAGUCAGGACGAGCCGUCGUUCAUUGAUCAGCUCGGCUUCGGGGUGGCACCCGGGUUCCAGACAUUUGUUUCCUGCCAAGAACAAAGGCUGAUAUAUCUCCCCCCGCCCUGGGGAGACUGUAAGGUGACGCCCAUGGACUCGGACUUCUUCGAUACCUACAGCAUCACAGCCUGUCGCAUCGACUGUGAAACACGCUACCUGGUGGACAACUGCAACUGUCGCAUGGUGCACAUGCCUGGCGAUGCACCGUACUGCACCCCCGAGCUGUACAAAGAAUGUGCCGACCCAGCUCUCGAUUUCCUGGUGGAAAGAGACAAUGAUUUCUGUGUUUGUGAGACACCGUGCAACAUGACCAGAUACAGUAAAGAGCUGUCCUUCGUCAAGAUCCCCAGCAAGGCCUCUGCCAAAUACCUUGCAAAGAAAUACAACAAAUCUGAGCAGUAUAUAAAGGAGAAUCUCCUGGUUUUAGACAUAUUUUUUGAGGCUCUCAACUAUGAGACUAUUGAACAAAAAAAGGCUUAUGAAGUGGCUGGACUUUUAGGUGAUAUCGGUGGUCAGAUGGGACUUUUCAUUGGGGCAAGCAUCCUCACUAUUCUAGAGCUGUUUGACUACUUUUAUGAGGUGAUCAAGUACAAGCUCUGUCGCUGCUCCGAUAAGAAGCACAACAACGCUGACCAGGGAACAGUCCUGAGCUUGGAUGAUGUCAAGUGUCACGUCAGUAACUUUCACUAGGCCUCUGCAGCCAAGAGGAGGAGCCACUCCUUCGUCUCUGAGCGGCUUCAUGAACUUUGCUCCCUGCAGUUUGCUGAGGCAGACUCCUGCAGCAACAGGGAACGUGUGUGAACUGUCUCUGGUGAAGGUUUACAAGCAAUGAGGUGAAAACGAUAAUGUGGCCGAGGUAAGGAGAAGGCCAUGUAGACGGCAGGACAGCAGACACCAGUUAUCAACAUGUUGUGAUGAGUUAAAAAAAACAUUAGAAUAACUGCAUGGUCAUCUGUAAACAGCUUUUAAAGACAUAGCAACAGAUUCAGUUAACGGGGGAAUGAACCUAACGAAGGUUCCUAUGUGUUCAGUUAAACAGCGUUAGAUUUCCCAGAUGUGCCGUGGUGUUUUUAUCAAUUUGUAGAUUUUUUUGUAAAAUGAUUGGUGACGGAUUUGUUUUCACUCAGAAAAUGUCAUGAGUUGUAUUUUGAAACGUGCAUGCCCCCACUGUAUAUUUUUUUUCGCUUUUAUCUUUCAACCUUAUGUUUUAUAUCACAUUAUAUUCUCCCAAGAGGUUUCCUGGAAAUAAGCAAAUGAAGAGAGAUCAAAUAGAGAGCGAUCAGUGGGUUUACCUCCAGUUAUCUGUAAAUGCUAAGUUACCACAACCUUGACAUUUUAUUCAUAAGAUAACGGGUCAGCUGAACAUGCUUAAUCUGAAAUGAUCAAAAAACAAAUGUGAAAUUCAGCAUAAAUACGGUAUAUAAUGUCCAAUAGUAAAUAAAUUUGUAAUAAAUAUUAUUACAUUAGGGUUUAAAUUGACCAAAUUUGCACAUAGAAAUUGAUAUGGAAAUCAAUAUUAAACUCAAUACAGCUAACUUAACCAUUUCAAAUAAGGGUUUCUCUAUUGUUCCUGUUAUUUGUACAACAAACUACAGUAUAUUAGAAGAUAACAGACCUGUGAUUUUACUGUUUUGUUUUAAUCACGAUUUAUUUUUAGACUUUUUCAUCAAAUUACAUUUUUAUAUUCAUAUCAUUCAACCUUAUCCUAUGUCAGUCUUUGUGCUUUUUGUCAGUUUACUCUACUACCUCAUCGUGCAGGGUGACGCCACCAUGAAGACAUUGUAGAUCAUAUUAUCAGACAGAUAAGGCAGUGCUAAUAUUCUCAUUAAUUUCUCCAGCAGAAAGCGAAUAAGCACAUUUUCCAAAAUGACACAUUUAUUUAGACACAAACACAAAUACAGUAGGAUAACUGGGCUAAAAGCAGUGACUCAUUAUAAAGAGAUGGAUCCACAGAAACAAAAUUCACAAACCAGAUUAAGAACAAUAAUUUAAACUCUUCUCCAUGUCAACCAGGCACUUUACUGUAAGAUUGUCAGAAGAAAUUAAGAAUAGAAAGAAGUGUUUCCUGCUCAGAGUGGGCUACAAACCAGACUUCAGUACUUUCAGUUAAGGGAAUGUCGUUCAUUUGUUCACGUACCCAGAUGCCAUUCAUCGUAUUUACCUGCAAAGAUAAAAUCAGUGAGAAUAAACAUGUUGAAUGUGUUUUUCUAACUUGCAUGUAGCGCUGUACAGUAGGUGUCUUAAAUCGGGUCCAUCAAUGAACAGAUGAUCCGCAGGUCUGACUGCAUUCUGUCCUCAUCUGUUUGUGAGUUUGAUUUUAUACUGCGAGCAUGUAUUUAUCUGUGUGUGCGUGUGUGUGUUUGCAGUGUGACCCCACAUCUGUGCCAAAUUCAAAGGUGAAUAAAGAAAACACUUUUUUGUUAUCAGUCUGAAACAAACCAUCUUUAAAUAUCAGUUUAAAGUUGAUUGAUUUGCUAAUCUUUAGAAGGAAUGGGCAUUGUAUGGUGUGUAGCUGUAUGAUGUUACCAUCAAGCCCAGUCACACCAUUUGCUGUAAUUUAAUGUAUAUAUUACGAUGACUAUGGAUACAUAAUCUUUGUGUAUUUGCAUAUUCUUAUCUGUCUUAUAUUGCAAUUGUUGUAUUUAUUCAAUAUAAACUAGCUGUUUUUUACGUACAUGUUGUAGAUGGUUUAUUUCUCAAAAGUAUAUGUAUGAAACACAAUAUUCAACUGUACAGCUAUUUAUUUUUGUUUGUACUGCUACAAUCAGUUCAUCUAAUUAUAUUCUACUCAUCAGUAAAUGAAAGUGGACAACGUACUUCAAGGCAUCCUGUCGGCCAUGUUUCCAGUUGUUUUUUUUAUAUCUAUGCCUUCAUUUUCAUUAUAUAUAUAUAUAUAUAUGAACUAUGUGAAAGGAUGAUUAUCUUAGUCUGGUGAUGUGUUGAUAAAUUAUGAAGCAGAUAUAAUAUGAUGGAUUA